CACUUCUGAAAUGCAAAAUCGUUAGCGAAAGGUGGAGCGUGCCGAGGAAAGUUUUAGUUUCAAUGUAAGCCAUUCUUGGAUCCAAGGGUAAAUAGGGUGGUUGGCAUGCUGACUGUGGUGUAAUUAAACUUCCUUCCACUUUUCUUGGUUUUAGACAGGUUGCUUUCACGCGCUUCAUUAACUAAAACAAAAAAGGUGGUCUAAAAAUGCGAUGAGCUGAGAUCGUGACGACGAAAGAUCGAUAAAUUCCACUGUUCAAUUAAACAUCAAUCGUUUGGUUAGUCUCGUAUCACCUCAAUGUUUGCUCGUCGGCUUUGCAUGGCUUUCCCGUUCCGAUUCGUCUCCUCUUUUUUACUUAAGAGAAUCGUUUUGGCCCUUGUAGCCUUCAUUGUGAUUAAGCUCACUGCAUCUCUUCUCUUCGACUCCAAGUACGAGAGAUUAUCUAGAAUCCACGCAGGUGGCAAUGGCGGAUUAAGAUUCAGUAGUUAUGUUUAUGAGAGUGAUGGAAAGAAAACGUUUCCUGACGAGAAUAUCUUAUGGGAGACAUAUCAAGGACCAGAUGAUUCUGGUUGGCCAGGAGCAAACGGCUCUGCGGUGUUCAGCAGUCCAGAUACACUCAACGCCACCCAACGGGAACAGUACGAUGCUGGUUUGGAACGUUUCUACUUCAACGAAUACGCCAACAGACAGAUGUCAUUGCACAGGUCUUUGCCUGACUUUAGAGAUUCCAGAUGCCGAGAUGAGAAAUACCCCAAACACCUGCCAGAUACAAGUGUCAUCAUUUGCUUCUAUAACGAGGCGUGGUCAGCUCUACUCCGGACAGUCCAAAGCGUGCUUGACCGCUCCCCGCCACAGUUGCUGAGGGAGAUCAUCCUCGUGGACGACUUCUCGGACUUGGGUAUGAAGAACUUGAGGGCAACCCCUGCAAUUGUUGGUGGACUUUUCUCUGUGGACAAGGAGUACUUCCAGUACAUUGGCUCCUAUGACUCGGGUAUGGACAUCUGGGGCGGAGAGAAUCUGGAACUGUCAUUUCGGGUUUGGAUGUGCGGAGGAAGCCUGGAAAUCGUCCCCUGUUCAGCCGUCGGCCACAUCUUCAGAAACCUCAUCCCUUAUAAAGACGGAGGGCAGAUGUUUGUGACUAAGAACAAAUUGAGACUUGCUGAGGUCUGGAUGGACGAAUAUAAAGACAUUUAUUUCAAGUUUGUCAAGAAUGUUUCUCACGUAAGUUAUUCCUUUUUUAAAAUUUGGCAGUUGGUUUGGGCUUUUUCACUGGGUAUAGUGGGUAUAUUUAAUACUUUAUGUGGUUAUUUGUUCUAUAUUUAGCAUGUCAUGAUAUUGCAUAGUUCAGAAGACGAUGUUUGUAUUGAACUAAGCACAAAUGAUGAUGAUGAUGAUGAUGAUGAUGAUGAUGAUGAUGAUGAUGAU